AAUGUCUCUUCCAAAGCUUAAUACAGGGGAUGUAAUACAAGAUUAUACUUUGCAAGAUCUUCUUGGCUACGGUAGUUUUGGAGUGGUACAUUCUUAAACUAUGUAGGUUUUUAAAGCCAAAUGUAAUAAAUAUGGGACAGUGGCUUUGAAAGCUAUGUUGAAAAUAAGAUUUAAAGAGCACAAUGGAUUUUUAGGAAAAUUGGUUGAAAAUGAAAGAACAGCAUUAGAAUUGCUCAAAUCCGAUCAUGUGAUUAAAUUACAUGACUAUUUUGAAACAAGAGACUAUGCCAUAUUUAUUUUGGAAUAUUGUGAUGGUAAGUAUUAUUAUUGAUUUCAAGGUGGUACUUUAGAUGAUUAUUGGAAAAAAAGUUAAUGUGCUAUUCCUUAAUAUCAAGCAUUGAUUUUCUUUAAAUAAUUAUUGAAAGGAAUGAAAAGUUUACACAAAUAAAAAAUCAUUCAUAGGGACUUAAAGAUGGCUAAUAUUUUACUGCAUAAAGAUGUGUUAAAGAUAGCUGAUCUUGGUUUCUGUCAUUUGUUAAAAAAUUAAGUCAAUAUUAUUUUAUAUCAACUAGGAUGAUGAGGCUUUUGGUAAUUUAGGUUCAAAUGGAACCAUGGCUCCAGAAACCAUUGAAGGAAAACCAUAUGGCUUACAAGCAGACAUGUUUGCAGUAGGAGUAAUAUUAUACCAAAUGAUAUUUUCUGAAUUUCCUUUUAAUUCUUUUGAUAAACACACAUUCCUAAAAGCAGUUAAAAAUGAAAGUAUUUCUAAUGCAUAUACAACCUUAGACCCUCCAAAAUUUAAAUUAAAAUCUUAAGUUAGUGUUGACUAAAACAUUAAAGACUUAUUAUCAAACAUGCUUAAAUAUGAUCCAAAAUAAAGAUUAAGAUGGAGUGAUUUGUUUAGUAAUUAGAUUUUUAUGGGAUAAAGUUCAAGUAUAUCUUAUAAUAAUUCAAGUGAGCAUAAUUAAAGAUCACACUUAAUAUUUGGCUGAUAUUGACGCACAAAAAAACAAGUUGUUUUAUAAGAAAGCAGAAGAAAAUGAAAAACAAUACGAAACUUAGAAUCCAAUCAAUGAUGAUCAAAUUUUAAAUGAAAUUCUUAAAACUAAUGAUAAAUUUUAGGAUUUAAUAAGCUAAUCUAAAAAAAAAUCUAACAAAACAAAAAUGAGUUCUCAUAAUUAACAAAUAGAAAUUUAAAAACCAUAACAAUCCGAGAUUCUAGUGUAAGAAUAAAAUAAAAUAGAAUUAGAAGAAAUCGAUAUUAUCAACUAAUAUAUUAAAGCCAAAUAACCUAUAUCUUGCUUAAGUAUUAUUUAUAAUGACAUGAAAUAAUUUAAACAUAGAUAAGUCUUUGAUUGUAUUUUUGUUAGCUAUAUCCUAAUAAAGCAAAUUUAUUACUCACAUUAUAAGCUAAGGGAUCAAAUCAAAAAAAAUAAAUUCUAUCCUUAAUUGAUAUAAUAACAAACUUUUAAAAUUUUCAUGAAGGAGUUUGAAGAGGAAAAUGAAUUUCUUUUCAUACAUCUAACAUUUGAAUCUCAAACUGUUCAGUAUUUAAUUUAUCUACAUUAGAGCUAAUUUUAAAAAACUGGAAAGUUAUCUAAAGCCUAAUUGGAUUUGCGAAGUCUUUGAACUUACUUAGACUGAAAAAUUCUAAGAUAUUUAUAGAGAGGUACUCUAAAACUAUUUAAACAUUAUUGCAAAAGAGGAACUAAAGCAACAGGGGGAGAUUAAUUCAGAACGUUUACGAUAUAUUGCAAUGGUGAUCAAUAUAUUGGAUUAUGAAGAACUAAUUACAAUUAAUGACAUUGAUAAAGGAAUUGCUGGAAUUAAGAAUAGGGAUAUUAACGAAUUAAUUUAAUUCAUAUAAAACUCCAUUUAAUGAAAGUGAUAAUACCUACAUUUUAUUUAUUAUACCAAAAUAUAUCAACC